UCUCUUGUUUGUCAAAAUAUAACACAUCAAUUUUCAUAAUAUACUGCGCGACUGAAAGAAUACAUAUUCGUAAUUUUGCUCAUGGAGAUGAGAAACAGGUUAAAAUACAAAUCUUUUGAAAAUUGCUAACAUCGGUAAUUCGUGUCACAUCCUCGCGAAAUUUUAGUUUCGAGUAAGUGAGGGCGCUGUCACGUUGAUACUCGGCCGUCACUUCGGAGCCCCUUGUGAUCAGUGGCGAUCACAUGAUCGCCUCUGAAAUUGAUCGACGUUGAAAAAGUGUUUGCUGGAUUUCAGUGUUUUCUCGUGCAACGAUGUUCCGGCAACUGUCACUUCUCUUUACCGUUCUCGCCGCAGUUCAUGCCAGUGGCGAAUUCGUCGUACUUCACUCACCUGACAGCGUAGAAUUCACUGCUAAUGGAGAGAUCGAGCAGAGCAAUCUUAAGGAAGUCUUAUCUGCUGCCCUUGGUUAUACCGGAAAGCAGAAAGAAGGAGAAUACAGCAUCGCCAUAAUGGAUCCAUUUGCCCUGCCCAAGGCACUGGUUGCCAUCGCAAUCGAUGGUAUAGAGACUCUGCCUUUCUUGGAAAACGAAGCAAAGAUCACGUAUCCUCUGAUAGUUGACGAGGUAGAAGAGACCACUUGGCAAGCAAUCAGAAGCAGAGUGGAAGAGCGAAGCAAUGACAACACGUUGGUCAGGAUUAAUUUGAGCGACGGAGUGGACGCUCUGGGCCAGUCAGCUCUCGGCGAGCUCAAACUAGCCAACAUGGAGAAGUUGAAGGCUCUGAAUUCAGAGGUCGAGGAAGACCACAAGUUCGUCGAGGAGAUGCAACUUCUUCACGCUAUCGCUGACAAAGCAUCCGCAGCGAAGAAGCACGAUUCCAGUACGGACGUUUAUUGGCUGGUGGUGUCGGCACUCAAGCCGGUUCUGGAUCUUCACGGGAACACCUCCGAAACGGCCGCGGAGGCGUACACGUUGUUGAACGACGCGAUGGAACACGUCUCCAAGGCAUUCGUGAACACUUACGAUGGCAAGGCUGUGAUCGCUGCGUUUACAAACGACGCUAGCAAGGUGAGGAACACCCGCUCCGCAUCUCUUGAGAGACAACGUAGAGAGACUCCAACUACGGCUUAUAAGACUAACAGUAUUAAAACAACUGGUGGUGCCAAGGGAGCGCCAAUUAGUUCAGACAAUAACGAUAAUUUGUUCUUCAAGCGAGACGGCGAGCAAGACACGCCGAGUAAUAUAAAGGAUCAUAAAGAGGAGAUAGAUAGUAUGAAUAAUACUAACAAGUCCAACACUGACGACAACUCUAAACAACCGGUCGUUCAGGAACCGUCGGAGUCGGUUAAUACGGAUAAGACAAAUACUAACAUACAGACAGGACAGCCCGAGUUUUCCGGCCGCGCCAAGACUUACACGGAGAACUAUCCCGUCAUCUUCAAUAUAAUACUGUGGUUCUGCAUCGUUUUCUUCUUCUCGCUCCUGGCCAUUUGUAUCGCGAUCGCCGAUAUGGAUCCAGGACGCGACUCCAUCAUCUACAGGAUGACGUCCAACCGAAUGAAGAAGGACAAUUAGGUGCGAGUGCGUAGCUGUAAUUUUGUAACAUAACUUUACGUGCGAAGUGUACUUGUCGGAGCGCCUGUAAUCCGUGUAACUUAUCAGCUUCAAGUCGAGAGUGUUCAAGUAAGCAAGUCCAUUAUGUGUUUCCACAUCUCGGGGAGCUGAUUAUUGAAACUUGAUCGAACCCAUCAAGAUGUAAUUGUAUUAUUCCGUUUGCGUGUUGAGAAGACUGUUACGUUGUUAUGAAAGAGCCCUGUAUAAAUUUCUUGUACGUUUCCUCGAGUAUCGAGGAAGCGCGGCUGUUCUAAACAUAGUGCAAUUCUCGAAAUAAAUAAACCUGACAUAGUGAAUCCAGUGUUAAAGUACGAAGAAAUAAACCUUGGCAUUUUCUGUUUUAUUUUCAUGAUAAUAAAAAAAAACAUGAGAA